GUAAAUGUGUUGUAAUCACAAAAUGAAAAAAUUUAAGCUGAUUUAUUUUGAAACUUUUUUUUGACUUGCCAAAGAAUUUGCUUAGAGUGGAGGCAUGCCUUUCUGGAAGACCUGCUGAAGAGAGAGGUGAUCGCUACAAAUACAGUUCAUAGGUUUUUCAGUUUGUUAUAUUUGGAACCACACUGCACUUUCCAGACUUCAUUAUUUCAUGCUGCAUUUGUUUUUAUUUACUUAGGAUCAAUUACUGACUUGUUUUUGCAGUCAUGACUAGGAAUAACAUUCUCCAGAUAAAAACCUUAUAAUGGAAUUUAAUGGACAACCGAGGAAAUACUUAGCUUUAUUACUACCUGUUGUGCUUUUUGUUCCUGUCUCAUGUGAUGACCCUUUAUUUGGAAACUCGAGGAAUCAAAGUACUGGGCGUGAGUUUGCAGAUACAGUUGAAGGGCAACAUAUGCUUCCCUUCUGGUUUAAUGCAUCCGUUGAUGUCGAGCAUGGCCCAGUCAGAUCACACUCACAAAACAGAUGGCAAACCCAGAUGGCUUUGUCCAGAACUGUUUAUUCAUUUCAAGUAAAAGAAGACACAGUGCCAGGAACUGUUGUGGGAAAGGUGGAAACACAGUUUGAGGGUCUCACGCCUAUCACAUACUCAGUUCAGGAGGACGAUGGGGAGAAUCUAUUCCUCCUCAGCCCCAUCUCAGGGGAGUUCCUAUUAUCCCGCAGCCUGGACUUUGAAACCCAAAGAUUCUACAUUCUCACAGUGGAGGCGAAGCAGGGGGACUUGCAGGUAUCCAGUGACAGGGUGUACUUCAAUGUGCUGGAUGUGAACGACAACCCUCCUGCUUUUAGUCUGAGCCACUUCUCUGUGUUGCUGCUGGAGGACACACAAGUGGGCACUUGCUUCCUGUCGUUAAACGUAUCAGAUAACGAUCAUGGUGACAGCGGCAAAGUGGAACUGAGAGUGGCCAGUGGUGAUAAGCUGGGUAUCUUCUUAAUACAACCAACAGGUAGUUUAUGCCUGAACAAAGAGCUGGAUAGAGAAAGUCAACCAUCCUAUAAUUUGACUGUAACAGCCAAUGACUGUGUCCAGCCCACGUCUCUACAGCUCACCAGCACGGCACAUGUUUUGGUCCUUGUUGAAGAUGUCAAUGACAAUGCUCCAUUGUUUGUGUCUGCCAAAAGUGUGUCCAUACCAGAGGACACUGCAUUACAUUCUGUUAUAAUGACUUUACACGCAGAUGAUGAAGAUGCAGGAUCCAAUGCAAAGGUUUUGUACUUUUUGAGCAACUCUUCAAGUGGAAUAUUCAGCAUCAACAACACAAGUGGAAACAUAUACCUGGAAGAGAUACUGGACAGAGAAACUGUCGAGUCGCUGACUAUUAUGGUCACAGCUACUGACAUGGGUUCACCUCGAAUGGAAACCACAAUGAAUUUGACAGUGUAUGUUGAAGACAUAAAUGAUAACGACCCUGAGUUCUUCCAAAGAAACUACAGCUUGUCGGUCAGAGAGGAUAUCUCCAGGGGAACGAGCCUGUUUCAGGUUCAGGCUCACGAUCAAGAUACAGGGCCAAAUGGACAAGUGCGGUACAUGUUGAGCCCGGCUGGUCCAUUUGUGGUGGACACAGUUCGAGGUGUUGUCACAGUCAUGGAUCGACUUGACAGAGAAAAGGAUUCAAACUACCUCUUAAUUAUAACAGCUGUGGAUCGAGGGAGCCCACCCAGAUCUGCCACUGUCACUAUCAGCAUCACAGUGCUGGACAUCAAUGACUUCACACCCUGGUUUUCCCCAGAAAGACUCAUCAUUCAUGUCAGGGAGAAUGAGGAUGAACUAUCUCAGCUAACGCAACAGGUUUCAGCCUUGGAUGAAGAUUUGGGGAUCAACAGUCAGCUGACCUACUUUAUACAAUCAGGAAAUCAUGAUGACUUGUUUUCCAUCACUCCUGAUGGCACUUUCCAGAUUUUACACAGCCUAGACAAGGAAAGGGAAUCAUUAUAUAUUGUCACCAUCACUGCUGUUGAUUCGGGUUUUCCAUCUCUAACUGGCACUUUGACCCUGCAUAUCAUUGUGGAUGAUGUCAAUGAUAACUAUCCAGAGUUUACAGAAGAUGUGUACAACACCAUUGUGUCUGAGGACAGUCCAAUAGGCACAGUGUUUGCAAUGAUAACUGCAUCCGAUGCUGAUGAAGGCAUGAGUGGAGAAGUAAGGUAUUUUAUGGAAAAUCUCGAUGCACCUUUUGCUAUUGAGGAAAUAUCUGGAGAGCUGUUUACAGUGGAUUUCCUGGACAGAGAGAUGGUAGCCAUUUAUACAUUGACAGUGAUAGGAAGUGAUAUGCAUCCCACUGAGCCUCUGUCAAGCUCUGUGCUUGUUACUGUGCUUGUUGGUGACAUAAAUGACCACUGGCCUCAGUUCAUGAACACCCCCUAUAUAGCCUAUGUGCCCAUUGAAUUAGCUCCAGGCUCAGUUGUUUGUGCAGUGAGAGCAGUGGAUGGAGACAUAGACAUGAAUGCACAACUGCAUUUUUCAAUAUAUGGACAAAGUUCGGACCUAUUUUCCAUUGACCCAAACAGCGGCACUGUAUUCACUUCAGGUUUACUGUGGAACACAGACGAUAUUACUAUCAAUGUGUAUGUCGAGGAUGCUGGAGAAAACACCAAAUUUGACAUAACUACUAUCAGUAUCAAGUUUCAGAACAUUUCCGACUUUCCUGAGAUGACUGUGGAUGUUUUGAGUUAUUCCCUGUCUGAGGAUCUGCCAGUAGGAACACUGGUGGCUAUGGUCUCUGCAGUAAGCAUCAGAGCUGAACCUGUUUCUUUUUUCAUUGCCUCUGGAAACUUUGAAGACAUGUUUUACAUAGACCAAUUAGGUGGAACACUGACGGUGGAGAACCCUCUAGAUUAUGAAAACAAAAAGGAAUUUUCUUUGUUAAUUGAAGCCAGAGACUCAGGCUUACCUCCAUACUCAUCAUUUUCAGAAAUUCUUAUAAAUAUUACUGAUGUAAAUGAUAACUUCCCAGAGUUCACUCAAGAUGAAUACAGGUGUGAGGUUCUUGAGAACUCCCCACCAACGGUGGUGUGUGAUGUUCUUGCCGUCGAUGCAGAUUCUCCCAAUUAUAGCACAAUACGAUACAACAUAUUAGAAGGGAAUACUGAGUUUUUCACACUUGAUCCUGAAAAUGGUUUACUGCAAACCACUUCAAGUCUAGAUAGAGAAACCAUCCCUGUGUUCAGUUUAGGAAUUGAGGCUUUGGAGCUUGAUAACCCUCUGCAUCAAGCCAAAGCAACAGUUAUUAUUAGUGUUUUAGACAGGAAUGAUAAUGUGCCUCGUUUUACACAGAUUUUUCUUGCAGAGGUGCCAGAAGAUGCCUCUGUAGGACACACAGUUUUAAAAGUAACCGCAACCGAUGAUGAUGCUGACUAUAAUGCAGCAAUCAGUUAUUAUAUACAUGACCAAACUGAGAACAUGCCUUUUGAAAUUUACUCCAGCACUGGGUACAUUAUUGUCAAAGGGCCUUUGGACAGGGAAGAAAAGGAUCACUAUGUCUUUAAAGUUAGUGCAAAUGAUUCAAUGUGGAGUAUAAGCACUGAUGUCAACAUCGUAAUUUCAGAUGUCAAUGAUAAUAGACCAGUAUUUUUACACGAUUUUUAUACAGCUGUCCUUGCUGAGACGGAUGAUAAAGAGAUUUUUAUUUUGCAAGUUCUUGCUUCAGAUCUAGACAUUGGGCAAAAUGGUGAAAUUUUAUAUGUUGUUGACCCUCCAAAUGAAAUGUUUUGGGUGAAUUCUUCUUCUGGUGAGAUUUAUACAAAGCAGCCGCUGCUUUUACGUGGUACUGCUUUUGAAAUAUACAACUUUACAGUUCUUGCUUAUGAUUGUGGCACACACCCUCCGAACAGUAAUGUUACUGUCACAGUGAGAUUAGAACCAUAUAACCAUCACCCUCCAAUAUUUCUUUCUUUCCAACCCCUUGUUGCUAUUCCAUUCGACCUGCCUGUGGGAUCUGAGGUGAUAAGGUUUACGGCAACAGAUCUAGAUGUUAACAGCAGCACAAGCAUCGAGUUUAAUGUGAGUGGCGGUAAUGCAUCUAAUUUCUUUUGGAUUCAAGCAGACAGUGGGAAGGCAUUCUUAAAUGAAACUUUAUCAGAAAACCUGUUUCUAAAUUUAUUAGUAGAGGUCAGAGAUAAAGGAUUUCCUCCUUUGACAUCAAAAACUGAAAUCAUUUUUGAAAUUACUGGAAGGAACACAUUUUCUCCAAGCUUCCUUGAACCAGAUGUUACUUUCUCUAUUCCUGAGGAUUUACCUGUUGGAUCAGUGGCUGGGAAAAUUCAAGCAGAGGAUGGGGAUUAUGGUCCCAACGGUGCAAUUAGGUACUUCAUUUCGACUCAAAAUCAACACUUACCACUCUCUGUUGGUGAAGUCUCUGGGCUGCUUACACUCACCAGAGAGCUUGACUUUGAAAAGGAACGAAUUUAUAAUUUACAAAUCAAAGCCACAGAUGGUGGAUGGUUCUCUAAAACUGCUUGGGUAAAUGUUACAGUGAUAAUAAUGGAUGUAAAUGACAAUCCUCCUGUGUUUUCAUCAUCUGAGUUUGCAGUUUCAGUUCUUGAAAACUCACAAAUUGGAACAACUGUUUUAGAUGCAAAGGCCACAGAUAUGGACUCGGGGAUAAAUGCACACAUAUCGUACUCUCUUAUUGCUGGCUAUGUGGAUAAAUUUGCAAUAGAUCCAAAAAAUGGGACUGUAACUACUUUGGAUGUGUUUGAUUAUGAGCAAGAGCAGCUUUUUGAUUUAACAAUCAAAGCCUCAAACACAGGCAGGAACACAUUAUUUGGCUUGGCAUAUGUUGUCGUCCAGGUUUUAGAUGUCAAUGAAUUCAUUCCAACAUUUUUGAAAACGACUUUUAACUUUUCAGUGUUUAAGAAUGUGCCCGUUGGAACAACUGUAGGGAAAGUGACAGCCACUGAUGAUGACCGAGGCCCUGAAGGUCUGGUGCUUUAUUUGAUGUUUGGCCAUGGCAAAAAUACAGGCUUUGACAUUGACCAGCUUUCUGGAGAAAUACACACAAGUGCAAGUUUGAGGAAUCGAGGCAACAGCCAUGUAGUUUUUAAAGUUCUUGCAAAGAAUUCUGGUAUUAUAACUGGGAGAAAUGUAGAUGAGGCAUUAGUCCAUAUUAAUGUAAAUGACAUCAAUGAUGCACCUUCAUUCACCUCUACAUGCUACUUUGUAAAUGUUACAGAAGACAGCCCAGUUGGGACAUCUGUGCUAACUGUGAGUGCUCUGGAUCAAGAUUACAUACCGGACUGGAAUCGAUUCUUCUUCACCAUUGAAAGUGGAAACACAAAAUCCUCUUUUUCUAUUGAUCCACUUAAAGGUAUCAUUUCAGUAAAUUCAUCACUCGACCGAGAACUCUGGCCAGUUUUUAACCUCACUGUUACAGCCACUGAUAAUGGCUCUCCACCAGCCACCGGGACUACAAAUGUCAUUGUGACCAUUGGAGAUAUUAAUGAUAAUGCCCCACGACUCACAUCAACUGAGGCUCAAGUGAAGGAAAAUCAACCCGAAGGCACUGUAGUCGUCAGAUUAAACGCAUCGGAUUCCGAUUUACCCCCAAAUCAAGGUCCUUUUAUCUACAGGUUAUACAAUUUGUCAGAGUCUAGUGCUUUUUUACUCACUCCUGAUGGAGUUUUACUCACCACACAAAGUAUUGAUCGGGAAGACAGCUCUGAAUAUCGAGUCCUGGUGGUGGUUAGCGAUGCAGGGCUUCCUUUGCCGCUGUCUUCAACAACCACGCUUCACAUCAAGGUGGUGGAUGAAAAUGACAACCCUCCGUUGCCAAGAAAUAUCUUCAUUGAAGUGAAAUAUUUUGGAAGUUCUUUUAAGGGGGGCAUGAUUGGCAAUGUGCAUCCCGAGGAUCCCGAUGAGUCUGAUACAUUUACUUGUGCCAUUAAAAGUGGGCCGACAAAUAUGUUUUCGAUACUCAAUGGUACAUGUGAGCUGUGGUCGUUGCCCUUUCAAGGCGAGGCCACAUUUAACAUCACCAUUGAAGCUACUGAUCAGCUUCACUUCCCCGUUAACAACAGCAUAUACAUUAACUAUAAAGGUUUUACUAACGCAUCUGUAGACAGUUGUAUAUUAUUCUACAUGUCAUCAUCUUCAAUGGAAGAGUUCUUAUCUAAUAAGUAUUUGAGGUUUGUAAAAGCUCUGGACAGUCUGUUCAACCUACAGGCCUCAAAGACUCAUGUUUUUGGAAUCAAACAUGUCAGUAAUGGAAUCCUUCUGUUGGCUGCUGUAAAAAACUACAACGGACAGUAUCUUAGCAGAGAGGUAGCGAGUAGUAUCUCAGCUGGACAUAAAAAGCUAUUGGAAGCUCAGAGCAAUGUGACAAUUUCUCACAUCACCAGUGACCCAUGUCUCACCAACCCCUGCCAGAACAGGGCAUCAUGCAACAAAAACAUUUACAUCAGCCAGGGAGCUGCUGUCCUGGAAAGCACGGCUGUCAUCUUUGUGUCACCACAGAAAGAGAUUUUUAAUUGCACCUGUCCAGUUGGAUUCACCGGUUCGCUGUGUGAAGAUGACAUCGAUGAAUGUGAGGGGAUUCCAUGUGAGAACAACAGUACAUGUGAGAAUACCGCUGGAAGUUUUUACUGUCACUGUCAGAGUGGCUUCUCUGGCUCUUUCUGCUCUGCUGAUGCUGAUGAAUGCCUGAAGGUGAAGUGCCAAAAUGGUGGAACGUGUGUUCAAUCACAGGAUGGGUAUUAUUGUCAAUGUGUGCCUGGAUUUGAAGGGGAAAAGUGUCAAGAGGUUAUAGAUCAAUGCAGAUCAACACCUUGUGUUCAGGGCACCUGCAUCAACCUACAGAAAGGAUUUUUCUGUAGCUGUCCUUUUGGAGUCAGCGGAGUUCAUUGUGAGGAACACAGUUACGGCUUUGAAGAGCUUUCCUUCAUGGAGUUUUCACCUCUGGAUCGCAGGACUAAUUUAAUCUCAUUUGAGUUUGCAACAGUGCAGAGGAACUCCCUCCUCCUCUACAAUCCUGGAGCAUCAUCCAGCAGGGAGUUCUUUGCACUGGAGAUACUUGACGGGACCAUACUUUUGUCUUACGACCUUGGCUCGGGGCCUGUGAGGCUGAAGACAUACAAACAGGUUGCAGAUGGGCAGUUUCACAGCGUCACUGUCAAGAGGAUUGGCAAUAUGGGGUCUUUGCUUGUGGACAACUGCACAGAUGUUGAGAACAAUGAGUUUUGUUUUUCAAAGAGUGACGCGAGUCUGUCAGAGAGGACACUUGAUGUUGGUAACACUAACAUGACGCUUGGAGGACUGAGGAAUGCUCAGAUAAUUUUGCAGCAUCCUAACCAAAUACAAACUCACGACUUUGUCGGGUGUUUAAGAAACAUUAACAUCAACGGAAUGCUGCUGAAACCUUCAGCAGGCCUUGCAAUCUACAAUGUUUAUAACAGAUGUCCUCGAACAACAACGUCGGGAUGCAGUAGUGUCCCGUGUCAGAACGGGGGUGUGUGUCAAGACCUUUGGUCUUAUCAUCUUUGUGAGUGCAAACAUCCUUUUACUGGGAGUAACUGUGCUGCAGAAAUGUCAGAAGAUUUUGCACUGAAACUGGAUGAGCAAGACUACAUUGAAUACGUCAUUAAGGAGAGAUUCAAAAGAGAUUACCUGCUUAAAAAACUGGUGGAUAAAGAAAAGGAGAUUAAUGUUAGAGACCAAACUGUGAUUAACAUCAAGUUCAAAACCAAACAUGAUGGAGUUUUACUCUCUGUUGUUGGACAGACAGAAUACAUUAUGCUUACGAUAAGAGACAAAAAGCCCGUGUACAUUUUUGAGGACACUCAGUCAGGACACCUGUCAGAGUUCACUGUGGAGGUUUUGGUUGCUGAUGAACUCUGGCACAUCGUGACCUUAUCCAGCCAAGGAGCUGACACCUUCCUGUCGGUGAAUGAUAAAAGCCUGUUGAACAUCUCUGGGCGAAGCAUGGAGCUCUCUGCUGUUAAUGUAGACAGGUUCAUUCUUGGUGCAGCUCCAAAACAGGGAAUAAAGCUCCAACAAUCAGGGUUCAGCGGAUGUGUGCAGUAUUUUAACGUGAACGGUCACUCUCUGCCCGUCAGCGGACACAGCUUCACGGUAGAGGUCUGGCCGAGCUCGAGUUUGACACAGUCCAGCUGCAGCUCUCCAGAUGUGUGCCACUCCUCGCCUUGUUCUGAGGAAGGUACGGGCGGGGGGACAUGUCUCUCGCAUUGUUCAGACCCGUGGGCGUGUGGAGCAGCUGUUCGAAACACAUCCUGCGUCUGUUUGAAGAACGUCUCUGAUCAUUUCUGUGAUAUCUGCAUCUUUACAACCCACGAAGAAUGCUACGAAGCAAAACACAGCCGGCCUGCGUGGCUCAUAGCCGUGGUUUUGCCUCUCAUCUCCAUUCUGGUGACGGCGGGGACGUGUGCGGGCGUGGGCCUGUACAGAGUCAGACAGCGAGAUGCAAGGCUGAAAGCUGAGACCUUCCCCCAGAAAACAGAGCAAGGAACAGCAAACAUAACUUUUUGUUUUGAUGACAACCAAGCUCUUGCAGAUGCCGUGUUGAAUGGAAAACAGAAACAUCGUGAUCCGCUAAGUGCAAACCAGCAGAAGUCAAGUGAGAAGUUUUAUUCUGACGCUAGUGUGUCGUGUGCACAGCCGAUGCUACCAAGUGAGCUGGAGUAUUAUGAGAUCGGCAGCAUCUGUAGCACGUUUCACCCGGACAACAGCUUGGCGAAACUCAGCUGGCACACGCAGCUCUGCAGUGCGAAACAUGUGAAAAGUGCUUCGAAACAGUGGGGAGAUCUGAGAACGCUGCUGGCCAGAUUUAAGAAAGAUGGCUCGAGUGAAGAAACCCCCCCUGCAAAGCCACAGAGCGUCGCCUCCCUGAGCGAACAGCUGUUGUGCAGGCUGGACCCCGAGCAGCUCCAGCAGACGCCGCCUUGUCAUUUAAAACGGUUUCCACAAGCAGAGCUCCUGGAGCCGACACAAGGCCUGAGUUGGGAAGAGAUAAGCAAACUAAGUGCUCCUUUUCCGUCUUCACAACAAGCCUCCCUGAAACCUGGACCCGGCAAGUCCACUGUGAUUACGGAGACUUCAUCAGAGUGUGAAACAGACAGCACCCUUACAUGCUCUGAUUCAGAUUACGGACAGUUUUCUAUCAUCACUGAUAAGAAACGUAUGCAUGACCAUUCAGAGAGCGACUUUAGGCAGGAAGGCUUUUUGCCCGUCAACAGAUUUUUUAAACAAACCUCUCCUUCCACUGCAGGUCAGGAUGAAACUGACAAUAUUUCCUCCAUUGUGUUUGAGCAGUUUGAAACUAUUUUAACUACGCAGCUGCCUUUUAGCAGCUAUGCACCUGUUUUUGAUGAUAUUGCUCGUUUACCCAUCAACUCUAGUCCCAGCUGGGACGUGCAGAGCGAUGAUGAAGAAAUUAUUUAGUUUGUCUCAGUAGUGUAAAUUGACCUAUUAGUUUAUUUCUUGCAUUUAGCUAUUUUAAGAUGCACCUCUGUUCAUUUUUAGCUGCUGGACUGCUGGACUAUUUCACCUGUUAAAUGAGCAGUAGUCUGAAAACAAAAGUUCAUUCAUGAAACAUAUUAGUGGUUUUUUUUAACUUUAUUAAUCCAGGAAAGUCCCACUGAAAUCCAAAACCUCUUUUCAAGGAAAUCCAGGCCAAGAAGCAGCAAAAGUUACACAACUGAAAUGUUUGUUUUAACUGUAGUAUAGAUACGUAGAAUAUGAAUAUCCCUUUCUGUUUGUACAAUAAAUUAAAACUUUUAAUCAAG